AUGACCAAUGUGUAUACCUUGAAAGAUAUCAAUAAUAAAGGUGAUGGUUCCUUUAGGGGGGUUGGUCAACGACUUGGUGGUGCAUAUGAGCAAGAGCUUAAAGAAAAAUUAUAUUCCGCUCUUAAAUCUAAAGCCGAAAUUAAUGAUCUUAGUGAAAAGUUGGUAGAUAAGUACAAUGAACGAGAAAAGGAGUUUGAAAAUAAAGCUAGCCAGUUAAUUGCGUCCACUACUAAGAUUAAAACACUGAAGAGAAAGGCGACUUUGUCCCAAAAAGCUUCAUCCCUUGACAAGGAUACGAUUCUUUCUCUUGAAGCUAAAGUACGUGAAUUGGAAGGUAAGUCAUCCGAUCCUAAAGAGAUUGAUUCUCUUAGGCUUGAAUUAGAACGGGUAAAGGAGGACCUUAAUUCCAAAAAUCAUGAAAUAGAAUGUAUGGAAAAAGGGAUAGAAGCGACACAUGAGAUAACCAGUCAAGAAAUAGAUGCUUUGAGAAAGGCGCGAUUAAAUUCAAUGGAGGAAAAUAGGUCCCUCAGGGAUCAAAUCUCAAAAAAAGAUAAUGAGAUAGCAGAUCUCUCUAACCCGCCACCUCCCUCUAUGAAUGAUUCAUCGCAAAAACUACCAGGCUGGGUCAGUGAUGAUCUAAGACCUCUCGUCUAUGAGCGUGGACUUGAAGAUAAAGUUAUGAAACUUGACAAAGAGUAUGCUAAGGAAGAUAUUUUAGAGGCUUUGCAAGAACUAUUACCCCGAGAUGGGAUGGUUUCGAGAAGCCAGACAGAUACCCUACCCAAUCAAUCCGUUCAUAGUCAACCAGCACAUUCCGAAAAGUCUAUUUCGAGAGAAGGGGUUGCGAAGCAAUCAGGUGGCGCAGAAGUGGUGCCACCACCUCAAGUAAUGUCUCUAGCAGGUCCCUCUAGAACCGCACCAGUCGUUAAAAGUUCCUUAAUGCCAUAUGCCAUACUUUCUUUACUACUGAUUGUGGUUAUAUGGUUCGUGGUCAGGAAAUGGUGGAAUUCAUGGAAAAAAAGUAAUACCGAGUAUUCUCCUAACCAGAACUAUUUUUUAUCGUCUCCGGGUAUUUCCGACGCUGGGCUGUAUGAUCGGAGGCCGGAAGUUCAAAGAUAG